CAGUAUCCACUUUUCCUGGGUUGGUUUGUUGUGCCUGUGUCAUUGCAGAGUGUUAGCUUGCAGAUGAGAUGAUGACUUGCACAUUUUUUUCCUUCCCUGGUUCUCUGUAACCAAUAUGUCCUGCAGCAGUUGUGGCUCUGGAUGGAGAUUUGUCCUGAGAAAUGUGCUGAAGGCUGUUUUGUUUUCCCAUUUGGGCAGCUUGUGUUGGCUGGGCCCAUUUGUUUCCUUGUUGUGCUUUUGAGUGUUUUAAGUGCAGGUGGAGCUGUGAGCUGCGCACUUUGUGAAUGUUAGUGAGUACAGAAGAGCACUUUAUGUGCUGCUGUCAUUUCUGCCUUUUCUUUUUUAAUGUUUGUCCUUGCUACUUGUGCCACCUUGCUCCUUCAGGAGGGAGAGAUGUCAGAAACAUUUGAAUCAAGGUGAACCUGAUAAAGCAGUGUAUUGAAGAACCAGUGCCUGGCUCUUACUCGUGGCUCUUAUUCAUGUUUAUCUCUAGCUGUGAAUGUGCAAUAACAACAGUUCUGUUCAGCACAGGCUGGCACAGCCUCAGACACAGGAAGAUCUGCUGUUUACCAAGCAACACUCUGCUAUAAGUGAGAAAGAGGGGAAAAAAGUGGUUUAUUGCUGCUGGGUAGCUCAGAGUGUAGUUAAACCUUUCUGAAAAAAGAAGAAACUAAGAGCACAUGUGUUACUCAAGAUGCAUUUUUCCUGGCAAGAGUCCCAUGUGUGUACUCUUCUUGCAAAGCGUCCCUGCGUAUGCUCCUUCCCAUUCAAUCCAUAGCAUAUCGGGAGCAGGCAGGCAAGAGCUUCCUGUUUUUAUAAUGCAACUGGUCUCAGCAGGCAGUCUGUCGAGGUGAUUUUUCAGCCUGACAUCUUUUGUAGCUGGGGCAGCCUGUGAGCUGAGUAGGAUGGCAGAACUCUGCUGCAAAGAUUAUAAACACGGGGAGGAAAAGAUCUGGAAAUGAGAUCUGCUGGUAAAGCUUCCCGGGAUUGGAUGCUGUGGCUCUUGUUGUUUUGUUCCUUCCCCUGUGAGUCUGCCUGUGGCAUUUCCUCGCUGCUGGUGCUGGGAGGGCCCUGCCAGCCCACCCACGCCGCCUGAGCUCCGGAGUCCCCCACAAUUGGCCGCGAAUUGCGGGAUACAUGCGGCUCGCUGCACUUCAAUGGAGCAGUGUUAAUUGACUUAAUAGAGCACUGGGCUUGGAGGGAUUUCGUUGUGUGGGUUUUCUUAAACGUGUGUGCACUCAGACCCUUCUGCAGCAGUGCCCUUGUUCCCAUUUUCACGCUUGUUCAGAAACUGCUUUGCAGUUGUCAGUGGAGAUGAGGUUUGAAGUUAACCCUUAUUUUGAAAAUUCCUUCCUGCUUCUCCUCUUUUUCUCCCUCCAGCUUGCGAUUAAGAUGCUGAUUGCCCUUUCAGAUCUGUGUAAUCCCUCUCUCAAAGUGACCGGGAUAGAUUUCCAGUAGCUCCCUGGAUUAUCUGUCACUGGUUUACAGUGUCCAGUGCAAGGGAGAAGAGGAAAUUUUGUUCAGACUUUGAUGGUAGUUGCUCUGUGGCCAAGCUGGCUCUGCAGUACAUCUGCUUUUCCUAUCAAUCUUUCACCUCACACUUCAGACACCUCUUCCUCUGCCUGCAUACUUACAAAGAGUCAGUGCUGGGCAUUAAGUGCAGCUUAGCCCAAAUCAGCUGCUGUGUAUGAGUUUCUUCUGGGCUAAAGUUGGGCCAGAACUGGUUUCAAGGCAGAUGAAAGAAGGUAAAGACUCUCAAGCUUACCUUUGCACGUUGGUGUCUGUGGCCAGAGACAUGUGCUGCUGUUCUGGACUUUGUAGCACGGACUGUGAGAUCCUGUUCUGUGCUGGUCUGGGACUCCAGGUUCAAUUAUCUUGUUACCUCGUUAAUAUCCCAUCUGGAAAUCUGCUUCCAGACACUAGGGAUAUCUCUGCAAGUGGUGUACAGGUCUUAUUUCUCACCAAGACCUGAAAAACAGCUCACUUAAAGCUUCCUGUCCCCUCAGUUUCCUGCAAGGCCAGAAUAUCUGAUUCUCCUCCCUCAGCCCUCUGCCCCAGAACAAACAUUUGAGGGGGUGAGUUUCACCCUUCUCUCCCUUUUCUAUGUCCUCCCAUCUGCAGUGCUUGCACACUGCCUGUCAUCCUCGUGUCUUGCACACCUGAAGAGUCCUUGGCCCUGGCAGGUAAGGCCGAGCUUUCUGAGUCACAGAGCCCUGGGGAGCUCUGUGUGGAGCACGAGGGCUGGAAAAGCCCCCAUACCAGCUGAACGUGCCAACCACUGUCCCAUCCCUCCAGUUAUACCCCUGCCUCAGUCUGUCCUUGGAGGUGCCUUCCCACCCUCCCCUGUUAGAAGCUUUGCAAGGAAUUGGAACUUGCUGACACCUUCAUUUCCUGCCAAGACUGCAGCACUUGGGCUGGCUUGGCAAAUGAGGGCAGGGAGAAAGAACAGCAAAACUUUGUCUUGUCCCCAGCUGUGUGCAGGACACCUGCUCAGCACAGACUGUUCCAGCUCGCUUGCUCCUGCUGCACUUGAGCCGUGGAGCUCUCGUUGGGUUGGCGUUUGCAGCUUGGGUUUCAGUGCUGUGUCUGCCUGAGGUGGGUGUCUUGUUGCUUGUCUGCUCUUCCUGUGCUGCCUUGUGGAAAAAGAGAGGAUUUUUCCCUUCCUCUCCUGGGGUUACUGCUUUUCUCAGGGUCAUCUCAGCCAGGUGGAUUCUAGCCGUGCUCUUCUUGCUGCUGGUACCUGUUUUUUUGCAUCCUCAGGUCCUGCCACUCUGCCUGGAGCUGGGGGCUGGCUAGAUCACACAAAUGCUUGAGCUCCUUUCCCUUCCUUGGCUAGCAUAACACCAUCAGACUUUCCCCUCUGCAUUCUUAGCUAUCCCAACCUGCUCUGGCACUUCAUAACCUUCUUAGGCUGCCACAUCUCGUGCUAUGCACCUUCCAGCCCUGCGCACCAUUCCCUGCUUGCCUUGGCCUCCCUGGGCACGUGCCUCCUUCAGGAGAGAUGUGCUGUGCGUGGAGGCAGGAUUGGUGGGAGGCCAAGGGUUGGCCAUUCCUCCAGGAUAUCUGAAGUGCUCUUCUCCAGCUUAAUGCCCCCACACAGCUCCAGCUCCUGCAGCUGUCCCUGAGCUCCUUGGUGUUUAAGGGUGUGAGUCACAUCCUGCCGUCCCCAGGGAGGAGGCUGCUCCUCCAGGGCUGUGUGUGGGCACUGGACAGUGAGAGCUCUUGAGGAGCCCUGGCUUCUGUCUGCCAGCAGCAGCUGACAUGGGACUGAAGGCAGAGAGCUCCUCCUCUGCUGGUGAUGGUGGUACCAGGUCCCAGCACAUCUGGUUCCACUGGGAAUGGUCAUUCCCCCCAGGCUGCCAGAGCUCCAGGAGUGUGUGGACAAUGCUCUCAGGCAUGGGGUGGGAUUGUUGAGGACUCCUGGUGCAGAGCCCGGAGUUGGACUUAAGAUCCUUAUGGGUCCCUUCCAACUCAGGACAUUCUAUGGAUCUUUGUCAGCCCCCAGGCAGAGGAGCUCACACAGCAGAGGGAGGAGAAGGGCUGGUACUUCAGCUUCAGUCUUAGAAGAAAGUCUUCUGCAGCUUCCUCUGGGCACAGCUUUGAGGGAUGUGUUUCCCUCAGGUACAUGGUGAGCCUUCUCUUGGGCCAGCUGCUGGCCCUCACCUCAGAACAGAGCUGUCUGGAGCUCAGUAUGUCUGAUGGUAUUUUCAUUCCUGGAUCUUCCCUGGAGCAAGGGAGUAGCUCAGAAUUGACUUGAUUUAUAGGCUGUGGGAAUGGAGGAAUUAAUGAAGUGGCAAAGUCUUGUCCCUGAGUUUCUGAGGCUGAGAACCAAGAGAGGCUGGAAAAUUCAAGCAGGAGCAAAACUGACUCGCACCACGUGGAUAAAUAAAUUACUAGGAAAAGGAGUGUGGAGGUAUCCCAUUACAAAGAGGGGCUGCUGCACGUGGGACCAGCGGGGGUGAGUCUCUCUCCCUGGUUUCCUGGCUGCAGCAGCUCCAGGGACCUCUGUCUCUUCUUCCUGCUGCGUGUCAAAGGGAAGAGCUUGGGGCUGAUGCUAGGAAAAGUUGAUCCUGCGACUUCCUAGAUGCAUUGAAACACAUGGGCUAGUUCCUUUUUUUUUUUUUUUUCUGUCUUCAGAGCCAAAAGCUACUUUGAAACUGGAGGGAAGGAAAGGGGGUUGGGUAGAUCCCCACCCUUCCUGCCUGCUCCGUUGUUGCACGAGAGCUGGGGCCCAAAGGGUCAGCACUGCUCACUGGCGUGGAGGAAUAAGGUUAUGUGGAAGCAUCCAGGCAGCUGCUUUGCUGUCCUGGCAGCAGGAGGAGCUCCAUGGGACAGCUUUGCUGUCCUGCACACUCUGUACAUGCCUGCUGCCCAGGGUCUGGAGGGGGGGGUCUGCAUUGUGUACCACAGAUCAGGGUAAGCAGCUGUGAGUGGCUUGGGGCUGGCAAGAUCAAACCUGGUUUCAUUUUGGAAGCGAUAUUUUGGGAGCAGUUACCCAGCAUCAGUUCAAACCUGGUAAUUAUUGCAGCUGCCAGGGGCAGAAAACCAAAAUCCAAACUCAGCAUCUUGCUAAGGUGCUUAACUGUUAAUUUCCAUGAGUGAGAUCCACCCUUCUCAAGACACUUCAAUCUGUUCACAUUGUUGCUUCCUCUCCAGAUUAGAUAGGUGGAAUCAGUGCUUUGUUAAUUAGAGGAAAAAUCCUGCUCCCUCCUGCCAAGACAGAGGGACUCUUGGCAGUUUGCUCCCUUUUAGUGACUGAAGCCUCCCCUGUUCAGCCACGUGCCUGCAGGUCAUCUCCUGGGGCAACUCCCUGCCCAGUGGCAGAAAUUCCUCAAAAAUAAGGCUGAGUGCUUCCAGAGUGGCUUUCUUCUUCUUUAAUUGACCCCUUCCCAUUCUGGAGUGCAGUUUCCAUUCUCACCUUGACUUCUUGGAGGCUCCUCAUUUGCUUAGUGUUGGCCAAAGGCAUUUCGGAGCUCAGCAUGGUGAGCACGUACGUGCUUUGCAUUGGGUUGUAACGCUGCUGCCACUCCUGUUCUCAGACUGGUUCGCCCUCUCCCCACCUUUGGUCAACGCUCCCCCUUCAAUAUCAUUCAUUGGCUGCUCUCACCUGGCAUGAGGAUGACCCUGAGGAGAAGGAUUUACUGCUUUGCCUGGAGAAAUCCGAUUUCAUGCAGCACUAACAGCCAAGCAGCCCAGUUAGACCAGACAGUCUCGGAGAUCACUCCGACUUAGCUAGGUUAUCCUCCCCCUAUUUAUAGCUCCCUUCCUCUCCCAACUCCACCCACCGUGGGGUUUUACUGCAGGUUCUAAAGCAGGGCUCCCAGCCUUUCCCCUCCCUGCAGAGCAGAGCUGCCUGUUCUGGCUCCUGGCGUGGAGCUGGCAGAGGAGACGGGCCAGGAGAGCAGCACCACGGUGGGAGCCGGCAGCGAUGCGGGCAGCAGGCAUGUCUGUCUCCUCUUGGGACGAGCUAAAACUGGCAUUUCCAUGGGCAGCAGGAGGAAGCAAAGGGUUCUGCUUUACCAGCUUGAGGAAGUGAUCUUGAACCAGGCUGUGGAAUUGCUUUAUGUGGCAGUUUAACCCUACUCAAGGGGGAAAAAGGCUACUGACGCCUGGGCGUCCUUCCUCUGUUUGGCUCAGCCUGCAUUGAGGGGCUUUUCUACCCAUCUUGCAUUUACUUACCUAUUUUAUCAUGAUAGAACUUGAGUUUUUGAGAACCGACCUUCCUUUGUCCAGCGUGCUGGGAUCUCUGCAGCAGCCCAUGCCGCAGCGCCUCGCCCGUUCCACCCGAGCUGCCCAUGCCACUGGCUUGGAUCUAACCUAGGCUCAAUCUCAGCGUGGCCUGGGCAGGGGGGAACCAUGGGGAGCUCUGCCUCAUCGCUGGCCGCAGAGACGGAGUCGGACCAUGGCUUCAGUAGCUCACCCUACCCGGGGCACCCGGCCGUGGGCUGGUAUAGGAGCAGCCCCGGUGGCCCCGUGUGGGAAAGUGCCCUUAUAACGCGGCAGCACCAGCACUUACAGCACCGGCUGCGAAGCCACUCCCACUCUCCUGGCUCCAUGGCUGCCGUCCGCGAGUGGUCCUGCACACGCUGCACCUUCCUGAACCCCGUGGGCCAGCGGCAGUGCUCCAUCUGUGAGGCCCCCCGCCAGAAGCCCGACCUCAACCACAUCCUGCGGCUCAGCGUGGAGGAACAGAAGUGGGCCUGUGCUCGCUGCACCUUCAGGAACUUUCUGGGCAAGGAAACCUGUGAGGUGUGUGGCUUCACCCCGGAGCCGGGACCCAGUGGCUCCCCCUUGCCCGUCAUCAACGGCAUUUUGCCCAAGCCCGCCGUGCUGGUGGAACCCAAGGGCACGUCCAAGGAGGAGGCUGCCAAGGCAGAAAGCAGCAGCGAGGACUCAGAGGGCAAGAGCCCCGAUGAAGCAGAGCUGGAGAGCGGCUGGGCUUGCCAGCGCUGCACCCUGCACAACACGCCCGUGGCCAACUCCUGCUCCGCCUGUGGUGGCCCACGCAAGCUCUCCCUGCCCAAAAUCCCACCAGAGGCGCUGGUCGUCCCUGAAGUCAUCACCCCGGCCGGAUUCCACAUGGCCCCCUCCACCCCGCAGCCUUCAGUCUCCUCAGAGAUCUCUGAUGGUGAUGCCGUGGCCACCCAGGGCCCGGUGGCUAUGGAGCAAGAGGUCCAGAAGAUGCCAGCCUUCAGCCCCUUCUCCCCGGGGCUUCAGAACAACCCUGUGCCCCGAAGCCGGCGGGAGGUGCCCCCACAGCUGCAGAUGCCGGGCCCUGAAGGCUCCCAGCCCGCGGCCACGGGCGCCGUGGGGCAGAAGGGCUCUCCCCAAGGUCAGGCCAGGGCUGCCCCUGCCGCACGCUUCCCGGACCUGCUGUCCAACAAACGGCUGAGCGUGCUGGAGGAGGAGAUGGAGGUCAGUCCGUCCCACUGGAAGUGCAGCUCCUGCUCCCUGCUCAACUCCGCAGGGGCCAGCAAGUGCGAGGUUUGCGGCACCCAAAAGGGCAGCGACACCAUCAACCUGGUGGGGGACUCUGUGAGGUUCACCCCGUGCAGCCCCUCCAGCCCUGACUUCACCACCUGGUCCUGUUCCAAGUGCACCCUCAAGAACCCCACGCAGGCCCAGAAGUGCAAGGUGUGCGGCUCCUCCAAGCUGCACGGCUUCCAGGAGCACGGGCUGCCGGGCGAGCCGGCGCCACGCUGCCCCGACUGCGGCGCCUGCGACAGGGCCGGCUGCUCCUGCGGCGCCAAGGCCCCGUCCGCGCGCAAGGUGGCCCGGCUCUUCCCGGCCCCGCUGCCCGGCGGGCAGGAGAGGCCGGGCCAGUGGGCCUGCCCCGCCUGCACCCUGCUCAACGAGGUGAAGGCCAAGCACUGUGGCGCCUGCCACACCCCCCAGCAGUACGUGGCCCAGCACAAGGGCCUCAAGCCCCUCAAGAGGAGGGAGAGCAUGCACGUGGAGAAGAGGAGGCAAACAGAUGAGGGCGAGGCCAAAGCCCUGUGGGAAAAUAUCGUGACCUUCUGCCGGGAGAACAAAGUCAAUUUUGUGGAUGACAGUUUCCCCCCCGGGCCCAAGUCCGUGGGGUUCCCGGAAGGUGACAGCGUGCAGCAGCGGGUGAAGCAGUGGCUGCGGCCCCACGAGAUCAACUGCAGCAUCUUCAAGGACCGCUCCGUGAAGUGGUCGGUGUUCCGCACGCCACGGCCCUCGGACAUCCUGCAGGGACUGCUGGGAAACUGCUGGUUCCUGAGCGCCCUGGCCGUGCUGGCCGAGCGGCCCGAGCUCGUGGAGAGGGUGAUGAUCACCAGGACACUGUGCCCCGAGGGCGCCUACCAGGUGCGGCUGUGCAAGGACGGCACGUGGACCACGGUGCUGGUGGAUGACAUGCUGCCCUGCGACGAGUGCGGCUACCUGCUCUUCUCCCAGGCCCAGAGGAAGCAGCUGUGGGUGGCCCUCAUUGAGAAGGCGCUGGCCAAGCUGCACGGUUCGUACUUCGCCCUGCAGGCCGGGCGUGCCAUCGAGGGCCUGGCCACGCUCACGGGGGCUCCCUGCGAGAGCCUGAUGCUGCAGGUCAGCUCCACCAACCCUCGCGAGGAGCCCAUUGACACUGACCUCAUCUGGGCCAAAAUGCUGAGUUCUAAGGAGGCUGGGUUCCUCAUGGGCGCGUCCUGCGGCGGAGGCAACAUGAAGGUGGAUGAUGUGGCCUACGAGAGCAUGGGGCUCCGACCCCGGCAUGCCUAUUCCAUCCUGGACGUGCGGGAUGUCCAGGGCUUCAGGUUACUGCGUCUCCGGAAUCCCUGGGGCCGCUUCUCCUGGAACGGCAGCUGGUCGGACGAGUGGCCGCACUGGCCGCACCCCCUGCGCCAUGAGCUGAUGCCCCAUGGCAGCAGCGAGGGCGUCUUCUGGAUGGAGUACAGCGACUUCAUCAAGUAUUUUGACUCCGUGGAUAUCUGCAAGCUCCAUUCGGACUGGCACGAGGUGCGUGUGCAGGGCAUGUUCCCCAACAAGGCCAACGGGCCGGUGACGGUGACGUCGCUGACGGUGUUGGAGCGCGCAGCUCUGGAGUUUGCCCUCUUCCAGGAGGGCAGCAGGAGGUCAGACACAGUGGACAGCCACUUGCUGGACUUGUGCAUCAUGGUUUUCCGGGCCACCUUCACCAGUGGGAACAAGCUGAGCCUGGGCCGGCUGAUGGCCCACAGCAAACGAGCCGUCAAGAAGUUCGUCAACUGCGACGUGAUGCUGGAGCCGGGCGAAUACGCCGUCGUGUGCUGUGCCUUCAACCACUGGAGCGCUGCCCUGGCCAGCCCUGCUGCCCAGGCUUCCAGUCCCACCAGCAGCCGACCAGCCACUGAUUAUUCCAGCUACAUCCUGGCUAUCUACAGCUCCCGCCUGGUGAUGGUGGAGCAGGUGGAGGCACAGCCCACCACGCUGGCAGAUGCCAUCAUCCUGCUGACCGAGAACAAGGGCGAGCGCCACGAGGGCCGUGAGGGGAUGACCUGCUACUACCUGACCCACGGCUGGGCAGGGCUCAUCGUGGUGGUUGAGAACCGACACCCCAAGUCCUACCUGCACGUGCAGUGCGACUGCACCGACAGCUUCAACGUGGUGUCCACGCGUGGCAGCCUCAAGACACAGGACAGCGUCCCCCCCCUGCACAGGCAGGUGUUGGUGAUCCUGUCCCAGCUGGAGGGUAACGCCGGCUUCUCCAUCACGCACCGCCUGGCGCACCGCAAAGCCACCCAGGCCUUCCUCAAUGACUGGAUGCUGACGAAGGGCACCCACAACCCGCUGCUCACACCCGAGGUCGCUGGGCUGCACGGCCCCCGGCCCCUAUGACGAAGAGCCUCGCCCUCCCCGCCCCGCUGCCCCGUUCCUGUCACUGAGCCUCUGGCCCGGGGUGCCUGCCCCGAGCCACCAGCGCUGAGCUGUGAGGCAGAGCUGGAGUGGCACCCCCAGCACUUUGCCCCACGCCGCGGGGCUGGGGUGAGUUGUCAGGGCCAGCGCCAGCCCUGCCCGCUGCCCUGGCACCGCUGCUGCCCCGCACUUUACGAGGAGCGGCCAGGGGCACGGGGCCAUCUCAGGAUCCCACCCGCCCCGUUCCUGCGCUGGGUCCGCUGCCCUCUGCCCGCCCCGGGGACUGUGGGAGAGGGAGGGGCUGGAGGUUGCUGUCAAGACCCUUCCCAGGCACCACGCUCAGGACUCUGCCCCUUCCCGUGGCACCAGGGCACUGGCGCUGCAAAAAGAACAAUAUACCUCUGAUGUCUGUCCGUCUGUGUGACCCUCCGUCUGUCCCUGGGACCUUCUGUCUGUCUUGUUGCCCCCUUUGUCUGCUGCCAGGACCAGCGUGGUGCUGAGGCUGGGCUGGGGGGUGCCAGGAUCAUGCUGUGCUGUGGUGCCACCCAUGCCAGGGACCCCCCAACCAUCCUGGGUGCUGGGGCUGGUGGGGAGAGGGCACAGGGUUGUUGCAGAAAGCUGCUGCUGCUUAGGGGGUUGUGCUGUAAUUGGGGUGAAACUCGAAGGUUUCACCACCUCCUGCUUGGCUCCAGGUGGGGAGCGAGGCCCCAUGGUGCUGCAGGCGGGGGCUGCGGCCCGGGGCCCCUCUCCCUGUCACACAAGUGUUACUAUGCAAAGGCGGCCGGUGGGAGCAGUGCCUGGAGAGAAGCCAUGGCCCGAGCUGGGCUCAGCCCCUGGCACUGCCCUCUGGCCCACCCUGUGCCCCGUGGAGGGAGGCUGGGCAGCAGGUACUGACCCGAGGUCAGGGAGGAGUUCCCUGGAGUUACCACGAGUCCAUGUGCUGGGGAGGGGGUGGUUUUGGGGGGGAAGCAGAGAGCCCCCUCCUCCAGAGCCCGGGUGCUGUGGGAGGCAGUGAGCACAAGGCAAAGGCUGCACCUCGGGGUGCUGCUGGCCCUAUGGGUGCUCUGAGGUGGGGGCUGAUCCUGGGGGGAGCUGCACCCCACGUUUUCAGGGCUUUGUGGCUCUCUGACUUGUGUGUGUGUGUGUGUGUGUGUGUGUGUGUGUGUGUGUGGUUUGGGGGUUCCCCUGUGUACCAUCUCCUUCCUGAGCUGUGUGGACUUUCAGCUGAGGAGGGGCAAUGGGCAGUGCUGGACCCUGUUCUGGAAGGGGCCAUGCUGGCGGGUCCUGCACCCCAAACCCUGUACCAGCAGCUGGGCUGGGCAGGGGGUGCAGGGCUCUGCCCCUCUGUGUCCCUCGGGGAUUUGGGGUCGCAGGGGGGGGUGAGCUGCCCUGGCACCCUCCCAGCUCCCCCAGCUGGGGCUGCUGAGCCAAGCUCUCUCUGUAUUUCUGUUGAUCUGUUUUCUCUCUUUCCAGCUCCUUCCUCCUUGGGAUGAUUUGUCCUUCACUUUUUUUUUCCUCCUCUCUCUGUCUUUCUGAGCUGUGAAUAUUUUUAACCCUGUAAAUACUGUCCAGCUCUUCAAAAAUCAUAGGAUAUUUU